AUGUUGUCCACGGACGCUCCUCAAACCAGCGAAGCCCCUGAAAAAAGCACGUCUGGAGGCUCCGAUGAAGUGGGAGAGAUGCGAGCCAUGCGGCAAAUUCUGCACGAAAUCUGCAGGAUCAACCAGUUGCCGGAGGCGCGAAAUCAUUCCUUUCGGGACAUGCCGCUGCAUCUUCGGGAGCAUCUCUUCACAGCGCUCUUUCGGGCACAGCAGAGCUUGCCGCUGCCUGCACUGGAGCAAGUGAGUCGGCCAAUGCUCAGCCCAAACUGCAAGCAUCCCAAGCUCUCCAAUCUCUUGACGGGAAAGAAGCGGAGCACACCACUGACACUGGUGGAUAUGGCAAGUGGAAUGGGCGGAGGACCGGAGUUGGAGUUUCUGGAGCUUCGACUUCUGGAGUUGCAGGGUGUGGUGGAUUUCAUGGUUGUGGCUGAGUCGAGUCACACCUUUCGCGGAGACCUGAAACCACGUCAGUACCAGUUGAAUGCUGAGCGAUUCAAGGCGUUUCGUGACACUGUGAUGUACCUGGACCUGGAGGAAUGCGAGGAGUACUUGCACCACAUCAACAAGACCCGUGAGAAGCAUGGCCACCAUCACGACUUGUGGGACAUCCAGAACAGCCAAAGGGGAUGCCUCUGGAAAAUGCUGCAGAGAGAUCGGCCAAAUCUCACUGAUGACACGAUUGUGAUCUUUUCAGAUUUGGAUGAGAUACCCAACGGAGAGAUGAUGAUGGCCAUGAAGUGCCUGGUUCAUUUUUGCGAUAUCCACAUUGCUCCAAUGUUCAAGCAACGAAUGGUGCAGUACAACCUGCGGCAGGUGCUUUCUUCUCCAGCCGGCUGCUUCCCUAAGACGGCUUGGCUCCAGGGAGCACUCCUCCGCCUGGGCUGGGUGCGAGAAACUGUACAGAAGAACCAGAGAAUUCCCUUGAGGUUUGCAAGUCCGAUUGCCACAAUGGAUGGUGGUGCAAUGCAUCUGUCAUACUUUGGCCACGCAUUCGCGUUGAUGACCAAAGGUCUGGAACAUGGAGAAGGUGGUGCGUUGUUUCGUAGCGGCAUAGGCCAGACGCGCUGCCGCGGAGCGAUGCGGAGCGUUUGGAGCGUUCGGUGGGCCCAGGGCGGGGUGUGUCCGGCAGUUUCGGAGCGGUACAAUAUAGAGGUGCUGCCGCGGAGCGUUUGCAGGGAUGGCAAGCUGCAGCCUAUAUCAAGGCCAGACGCGCUGCCGCGCGGAGCUACAAUAGAGGCGUUUGCAGGGAUGGCAAGCUGCAGCCUAUAUAUCAAGGCCAGACGCGCUGCCGCGGAGAGUUUGGAGGGUUCGGUGGGCCCAGGGCGGGGUGUGUCCGGCAGUUUCGGAGCGGUACAAUAUAGAGGUGCUGCCGCGGAGCGUUUGCAGGGAUGGCAAGCUGCAGCCUAUAUCAUGGCCAGACGUGCUGCCGCGGAGCGAUGCGGAGCGUUUGGAGCGUUCGGUGGGCCUAGCGGUACAAAAGAGGUGCUGCUGCGGAGCGUUUGGGGCGUUCGGUGGACCCAGGGCGGGGUGUGUCCGGCAGCUUCGGAGCGGUACAAUAGAGGUGGUGCCGCGGAGCGGCAGGGAUGGCAAGCGGAAUGCUAUGAGGCAAUGGAAGCAAUCGGGGCAUAG